GUUGAUCUCAAACUCGCACGAACGUUCGGGGUUGUCGUAAAUAGUGCAAUUACCAACACCGGCGCCACCACUGUCUUUGGAGAUAUUGGCACAGAACAGACUUUCACAUCCAUUACUGGCUUUCCACCUGGGAUAGUUACAGGAACAAUAUACGAUAACUCCGAUGGCUUCAUCUCCGAUGUAAUCACAGACGCAAGCGAUGCCUUUGAUGCUAUCAAUGGUCAAACAGACAAUGGAGCAGAUCCCAUAGACAUCACAGGCUCCACACUAGGUACAGGCAGCGUAGCAGGCUAUGUAGGCACAUUAGGUCCUGGGGCGUAUACUGCUGUAACUAUUCCGCUUCGUGGUACAUUUACAUUACAAGGAACAAAUGAUCCUGCUGAUAAAUGGUUCUUUACAUCUGACUUCACGGUGAUCACGCAGCCAGAUACUCAGAUCAUACUGGCUGGCGGGGCACAGGCAUGUAAUGUGUGGUGGGCAGUAGGUAGCUCGGCGACAAUAGAUUUGAGGAGUCAGUUUCUUGGCCAUAUCCUUGCGCAGGCGUCUGUCACUUUUAAUACGGGUGCUGUUGUAAAUAGAAGUCUAGCGGCUUUUACGGGAUCAACGACUUUGGAUACAAAUGUUAUUCGUCUCGCGAAUUGCCCGUUGGUUGUCUCGAGUAGUUCUAGCUCUACGCCGGGAACUACGUCUACAUUAGUCCCGUCAACUUCACCCUCGACCUCACUCUCUACCUCACCACCCUCGACUUCUCCAUCGACUUCGCCAUCGACUUUACAAUCGACUUCACUUUCCUCAAACUCACCACCCUCAUCGACUUUACCAUCAACUUCGCAAUCGACUUCCCUACAAUCGACUUCGCAAUCGACUUCGCUACCCUCGACUUCGCUAUCGACUUCGCUGCCCUCGACUUCGCUACCCUCGACUUCGCUUCCCUCGACUUCACUUCCCUCGACUUCGCUAUCAACUUCACUUCCCUCGACUUUACAAUCCUCGAGUUCACUACCCUCUACUUCACUAUCCUCUACUGUACUAUCCUCUACUAUACUAUCCUCUACUAUAAUAUCUUCCACUUUACCAUCCUCCACUUUACUAUUCUCCACUUCACCAUCAUCGACUUCAGUAUCAUCGACUUCAAUAUUAUCGAUUUCAGAACACUUAACAUCUGUGCCCUCAACAUCAGUACCCUCAUCAGCACCGUCAAUAUCAUUAUCAUCAAUAUUAAUAACAAAAGAUUUAAACACACUACCCUCACUCUUCCCAUCAUCAACGCCUAG